AUGGAGGUAGAAUACCUCCAUGCAAAUUAUCGACGAGCCGUACCAGCAGAAGAGAGGCUACCACUAACGCUACGAUUCUUAGGAACAGGUGAAAAUUAUGCUAGCCUCAAUAAUCUAUUUUGUCUCAUUCAGCAUGAAAAUGAAUGGUUACAAAUUGCACUGGGCUUUGAGGAGCAGUGGAAUUCCUCCCACUACCUUGGAGCUAUAGAUGGGAAAUGCUUUGAUAUACUUGCACCUGCAAAUAGCGGAACUGAUUUUUAUAGUUAUGAAAGCUACUUCAGUAUUGUCCGUUUAGGGGUAGCUGAUAGUGACUACCGCAUUAUAUACACAAAUGUUGGGUUUCAAGGACAUAUUUCAGAUGGCAGAGUGCUGAAACACACAAAUAGAAAGUAA